AAUUGUGCUACGCUUGCGUAUUACACGGCUUCCUGAGUGGUUGGCGGCCGCGGCCAUUUUGUGGAUCUUUGGUUCCUCCCCCUCCCUCUUUUGGUCCUAGUCUUGCUUUUGCCGGGGCCUGGACGAAACGAAAGACCCCGAACCUCUCACGUAUCUUCACCGCCAGUCGGAGCCUCCCUGUAGUUUCUUUCUCCGUGCGGUGUUUUGGGUUCGUCUGUGCGCGGCCCUGCUUCACCGCGAUGGAAGACGACGGGCAGCCCAAGACACUGUUUCUAUACUAUGCCUGUCAAUGCAGCAUAAGUGAUGUCUCAUGAAUUAGGGAGACAGCCUAUAGAGCUAUGUAGGAAAUCUUUCCAGAGAUGUGACUGAAGUGCUUAUACUUCAGUUGUUCAGCCAAAUUGGACCCUGCAAAAGCUGUAAAAUGAUAACAGAGCAACCCGAUAGCAGAAGGGUCAACUCUUCUGUUGGAUUUUCUGUUUUGCAGCAUACAAGCAAUGACCCUUAUUGCUUUGUGGAAUUUUAUGAACACAGGGAUGCAGCUGCUGCAUUAGCUGCUAUGAAUGGGAGAAAAAUUUUGGGAAAGGAGGUAAAGGUUAACUGGGCAACAACACCAAGUAGCCAGAAAAAAGAUACAUCAAAUCACUUUCAUGUGUUUGUGGGAGAUUUAAGUCCAGAAAUAACAACAGAAGACAUCAAGUCAGCAUUUGCUCCUUUUGGCAAAAUAUCGGAUGCACGGGUAGUUAAAGAUAUGGCAACAGGAAAAUCAAAAGGAUAUGGCUUUGUAUCAUUUUAUAAUAAAUUGGAUGCAGAAAAUGCAAUUGUGCACAUGGGAGGCCAGUGGUUAGGAGGUCGUCAAAUCAGAACUAACUGGGCAACACGAAAGCCACCUGCCCCUAAAAGUACACAAGAAAAUAGCACAAAACAACUGAGAUUUGAAGAUGUAGUAAAUCAGUCAAGCCCCAAAAACUGUACAGUCUACUGUGGAGGAAUUGCAUCUGGAUUAACAGAUCAGUUGAUGAGACAGACGUUUUCACCUUUUGGACAGAUCAUGGAAACAAGAGCUUUUCCAGGAAAAGGUUAUUCCUUUGUGAGGUUUUCAACUCAUGAAAGUGCAGCACAUGCUAUCGUUUCAGUAAACGGAACUACAAUUGAAGGACAUGUUGUUAAAUGCUAUUGGGGUAAAGAAUCGCCAGAUAUAACUAAAAACUUCCAACAGGUGGAUUACAGUCAGUGGGGGCAUUGGAGUCAAGUGUAUGGGAAUCCUCAGCAGUAUGGGCAAUAUGUAGCCAAUGGGUGGCAAGUGCCAUCUUAUGGAAUGUAUGGACAAGCAUGGAAUCAACAGGGAUUUGGUGUAGAUCAAACACCAUCUGCAGCCUGGAUGAGUGGAUUUGGUGCCCAGCCUGCCCAGGGACAAGCUGCUCCUGUAAUACCUAAUCAGGCUGGAUAUGUCUUUUACAUCACAGAUUUUAAGAAAAAUGACAUUAAAGAUGCUUUUAGUUGAACAUUAAAUCCUGACGUUUUGGCUGUGGACCAAACAUUACAUCAAAGAAGACAGUGUUUUCUACAUUAACCACAAAGCCAUCAUUCAGAAGACAUACUCAUGGAAAUAGCUUUUUUGCAAAUUAAUUUUGAAGAAACUGGAGUCUGGUAUAAAUGUUUCAGUCUUUGCUGAAAAACAGUGCUGUCUGCAAUACUUGAGCAAACACUUGUUAUCCACGUUCAGGAGCAUAUUAAAUCUUUUCAAAUCUUGUUUGCUUGAAGUGCAAAAUUUCAUUUAAUUUUAGAUAAGCGAUUUUUUUCAAAGUAUGGUGCUUAAGCAUUCAUACUUGUUCUUUUACAUAAAAGUUUGUACCUAACUUCAAUGUUACAAAAGCAUGGUCAGGCAUAGAAGUAGCAAUGUAAUUAUUCAAAGUAAUACUUAAUAUGCUCUGCUGCUCCAUUUGCAGUAGAUUGACAAGAAUGUACAAAAUAGACACUUCCAAAGUUGGCUACAAUGUAAAGUGACAUAGCUAUACAAAGAGCCUUAAUUUUAAAAUUCAUAAACCUUUAAUUCAAUUCCUGUCAUUAGAAACCUGAAUUAUUUUGCUUUAUGUUACUCAGUAUGUAAAUAUCUUGGUUGACAACCUUGUAUAUCUCCUUGAAGGUUCCUAUAAGUUGUAUAGUAUCUGAGUGUUUUAAAAAAAACCUUGGGAUUUUUUUAAGUCUAGAAAUAUUUAGCCCAAGAAUUUUUUUAACCAGAUUGUUAAAAUACCUUAUUUUAGAAAUUCCUCAAUGUGCCAUUUUGUUAACAGAAAUGCAGUUGAGACAAGUAUACUGAGCUGUGGCUUAUUCUUAGUUAAAAUGUUUUUUGUAUUUUUGGGUGGCUUGCAUGUGACAAAACCUGUACAGAGGCUGGGUUGUUUGUGCACUGAGUAUUAUUGGGAUAAAUCAUGAAGUUGUUCAAAUGGUAUACUUGGGUUAUUUCUCACUUACUUUAUGGAUACACUGACACAACUGCCUCAAUAAAUUUUAAGUUGAAAGUGAAUGUAAGUUAGAUACAAGAACUGUUUGUCUUACCUACUACAGCUAGGGGGUGCAGAUGCUUCAUCUCUGAAUUUGAACAUACUGAAGCCAUUCACUUGGCUAAAUAGUCCAUUCCAAUGAAUAAAAGAAAUAGACUUGCAUUUUAGUGGACUCCCAGUUCUAGAAAAAUAUGAGGAACUCUGCAACUUAAAUAUUAAUGCUGAGUAAUAGGUGACUAUGACAAAUGUUUUGCAUUUACAGAUCUAGAACAAUUUGAAAGGGGCUUCAUGUGUUUUCUGCUUGAGACAGUUAAGUGUUUUUUCUUCUGGCUAAAUUAAUAUCACCUUGAUACUUGGGUAACAAUGAACAUGAGACUUUUUUCAACUCAGGCAGGUGCUUCUAGUAUUAGCAGCAGGCAGUUCUUUAAAGCCUGUGCUUUAUCUGAAAUAAUCUUUAGAAGUUCUGAAUUUCUAAAUUGUGUUAAGGAUUGGAAGACAGAAAACAAUACUUAUGAACUAUUUACCAAGAAGAUAGAAUAAAAUUGCCUCUCUCGUUAAAGAAAAUUUUGUUCAUCAUUGAAUCCAUGACAUAGGUAGACCUACAGUUGCUCCUGAAAGGGGUUGUAUUCUCUAGUUCUGCUUUACAAUAUGAGUGUAGCAAUAAACUGAAAGGU